AUGCGAGUGAACUACUAUCCGCCUUGUCCCCAGCCGGACGAAGUUCUCGGCCUGAGCUCUCACUCGGACGCAACCAUCAUCACUGUCGUGAUCGAAGACGCGGACGUCCUAGCCUGCAUAUCUGCAAGGAUGGUAAAGCUUUUGAGAACUUUUUCGUCAAACAGAGCUUUAGCAAUGGAAUCUACAAGAGUGUUGAUCACAGAAGUUAUCGUUAACACAAAGAAGGACCGGCUCUAUGUGGUGCUGUUUCAUGGACCCGAGUUUCCUGCCAUCAUGUCCCCCACAAAACAGCUCCUCGGCGAAGAUCGCCCACCUCUUUAUCGAGACAUCUCUUUCGCUGAUUACAUGAAGUUUUCUCACCUACAAGGCUGA